AAAUGGAUCACCCCCCCCGACUCUUGCACUCCCCUCUCGUGUCGUGGAAUGGUUUGUUCCGUCAUGCUGGAUGAGACGCUGACAACAAAGGAAGCACACAGAGAGUGCUUUAAGGAGAGGGAGCGUGAUGUAAACACAGGGAGGUGGGGGGGAAACGGCUGUCUUGCGGUUUUGAUUCAAUUUCCUGGACGGUUAUGGGUUCUCAAUAUUGCAUAAGGUGGCCGCGCCAUUUUCGCGUGGACAAACAGAAUAUUGCACGUGUGGAUGAGAGGAGUUGAGAGCCUUGUGUGGCGUGUCGCUGGAGUUCUUCUCCCGGUUGGCACCAUGCAGUGAGAUUGAAAUGAGGUCUUUUUUUCAAGCAGACCAAGAGAAGAGGAUGAUUCUCCCUGUGGUUUUCUUUACAUGGACAACGCAGGAAACAGUUGGACACAUGAAACAUGGUUUUGUUAGUUUCCCACACCUCAAUGGGUGAGGCCCACUGAUCUAGAACCCCGCCCCGAACAACCUCUUCAUCCCUUACCGGCACACACCUUCCAUCAACGCUGGCUCCCCUCCUGUCUGCCGACAUGCCCACCGCUAGCCGGCUGUUCGAUCUGGCCCAGCUGGGACUGAAAUGUGACCAGGAGAUAGAGAGAAAAUAUGACAUCGUGCCCUCUGUGGUCUGCUCCAUGAGCUGCAUUUUUGGAAUCAUCUACUGCUUCUUUGGCUACCGAUGCUUCAAGGCCGUGCUCUUCCUAACAGGCCUCAUGUUCGGCUGUGUGGUCAUCUUCAUGCUGUGCUACAAGGAGAGGGUGAUGGACACUCAGCUCAGCAUAGAGGCGUCGGUGGGCAUCGGCCUUGGUAUCGGGACUUUGUGCGGCCUGGUGACCAUGUUGGUCCGCAGUGUAGGACUCUUCAUGGUGGGCCUGCUGCUGGGCCUGUUGGUUGGAGUGGCUUCAUUGGUGGUCAUGGAGGAAUUUUACCACCCCAGAACAGUGUGGGUUCCGCUGGGAAUUCUUCUGGGUUCUGGGACUCUGUUUGCUGUCUUCACUCUUCAAUGGCAACGUUGCUUCGUGACCUUGUCUACCGCCACCUUUGGUUCAGCCAUCAUUACCAUCACAGUGGAUUACUUCAUCGAGCUGUUUGCGAUGGUGCAAUACAUCUAUGAGAGACUCAAGGUGGCGCCCAAGAAGCCGGUCUGCUGGUUCACGUGGGUCAUCAUGGGGGUGUGGCCUGUCCUGGCACUGCUUGGAGUGCUGAUUCAGUGGAAAGUCACAGCAGAGGGGUUUUCUCACACUGAGGUGGUUUUGAGUCGACAACAAAGGCGGGUGCAGCUCAUGCGGAUCCGGCAGCGAGAAGAGAGGCUCAAAAAGGAGAAUGAGAACAAGAAGAAGAAAAAACAACAGAACCAGAAGAACGGCCAGAAGCAGAAAGCCAACAGCCAUUGCCACCAGCAAUACCAUCAUCCGGGGACAUCUCACCCCCAUCACACAUCCCGAAGCACGCAGCCCCACAAAGUCCCUCACCCUCAGACUGAGCCGGGUUUCCAUCGCAAGCCCAACCCCAAAAAGCGCUUUGAAGGAGAUGUGCUCUCACCGAGCUACAUCCGCAGUUUCAGGGACAGGCAAACAGACAGACGAGCGUACUCCCACAGUCGAAUGAUGAGCCGCUCCCGGAUGGCUGAACUUGACUAUGACUGUGGCUCUCAAGUGCCCCUCACAGCGCCUUCAGGAGCUCCAGUUCGUAUCUGAUGGCUCGAAAUGUACAAAUCCUCCCAAAAAACGAAAAUACAAAAAGGUUUUUGGCACGCUAAAUGUUGUGUCUAUCAAAGUAAAGCCGCAGGAAAACAAGAACUACAGGAACAGAGCUGCAUGUUAAGUUGGCUUGUUGUCAGUGUUCUACAGCAAACAACUAUCAACAGGGGCAGCAACAAAACUGUCACAUGAUCAGACAACCUUUGAAAGCAUUGUCUUUCCAAGUGCAGUUUUAAUAUAUAUGUGCUGAUUUGGGGAUUUCGGCCCAAGGAGUCACAUUGAGUGAUUUUUCAGGAAGCAGUCACUACCUUCAGAUGUUGGAUUUUCCCAUGGAGAAGGCUAUUUACACUGAAAGAUGAACACAACACUUUCCUUUGUCUUUUUUUUAUUUUAAAUUCCUCUCUAAGAAGUUUUGCUCUUAUGAUAUCGGCUGACUGGUAGCUGUGUUACCCCAACCAGCUGGUGACCAUUGCUGAAAUAUGUAAAUUCCCAAUCUAACGACAGACACACACUAUUCUCAGUCACUGAGUGGGAAGUGAAUGCAUGCCGCCUCUACGGCAAUCAGACUCGCGAACCAGUAUGCCAUCAUUCUCUCCUAAAAAGGUACCAAUUUUAAUCCCAAUGUCAUUUUAGGACCAGAAAUGUGUCACUGUGAUACAUCCAUUACCUACAUUUUUAUAGUCAGAAACCAUUCUAUCAUCCAACUUAUUUCGAUUCAUUGGUAACAAAUGUGUGCGGCCUCUCACCAGAGGUCAGUUGGUAACCCAAUGAGCGCCACAGAAAAAGGAUAGAUGUGUUUUUAUAUGAGAGUAUAUUCUCUAUUCCCCUCAUUUGAUUUUAUUCUUCAAAUCCCCUGACCCCAUUCAACACCACAGUAAAAGUCUAUUCACAAGCACAUUUGCAGCAGUUGUUUCAAUGUAUACUGGUCCUAAAAGGAAACUGACUGAGUUGACCGUCUGUUGUUGCCAAGGCGGACAACACACAACAGUGAACAUAUGAAAUCAUGUGCUACAGUGUUGGUGCAGACACACAAGCCCUUUGGCAAGUGAUGGAUUGUACCAAAUAUUGGCUAAAGUGAGGGGGGUCCUCUCCUGAUGUAGGUACUGUAGAUGUAAUUAUAUGAUGUUUUUGUUGUUGUUUUGUUUUUAAUAAGAAAACAUGAGUAAAUAACAUAAUUCUUAUAAAUACCAUAACAUCAUGAUGGUGGCGAAGACACGCAAAUGUGGUUCUUAAUUGAGCUAACGAUUGAAGCAAUUGCAAUGGCGCCCUCUAUUGUUUAAAACUGGGUAUAUUUUUGUGGAUUUUGUGUGCUGGUGGAUAUCGAGCGGCAUUUUUUACGGUCUUAUUUUCACUUUGUAUUCUCUUUAUGAUUGUUACUUUCAUUGUGGGGCCAUGAAACACGCAGCCACUGUUCAACAUUACAUAUGGUACCAAAAGCAAAUUUGUACCUAUUUUCUGUGUACAUCUUGAAGAUCACAGGUGUCAAACUGAGGUCCUGCAGGGCCGCUGUCCUGCAUGUUUUCCACGUCUCCCUGUUGCAACACACCUGAUUCAAAUGAACAGGUUCAAUGUCAGACUUGCGCAGAGCUUGCUGAUGAUCCGAUCAUUUGAAUCCGGUGUGUUGCAACAGGGAGACUUGGAAAACACGCAGGACAGCGGCCCUCCAGGACCUGUGUUUGACGCCUAUGUUGUAGAUGUUUAAAUACGAUAAACACAGGAUUGCAAUGACUUCAAUACUGAAGUGCCACAACAUACAGUAUAUUGUGGUUGUGUGAAACUUGGCAGGCCUUGCACUUGUUUGAGGGGUACAAGUGCCCUGUUACCCCUUCUCAUGCACGAGUGUCCUUGUUGAACUGUUUUGUAUUUUCAUUGUGACGAAGUGUCGAUGUGACGUGUUCUCGUGACCCUCUGGACGUAGAACGCAUAUUAUUUUCAAAUUGGACUGUUUUCAGCAAUCCAGAUAAAGGUGGAGAGCCCUGUCACAACACCCAAAAACAACAGCCAUGACAUACUGAAAAUGUUACUUGAAAAUAGGAUAUGUGCACAUGUUUCUGUACACUCGUGACAUCUCGUUUCAUUUGUAGGCUCUCAGCAUCAAAUUCAUAUCAAGGACAGCAGGAUACGUUCAACUUGUGACAUUUGCUUCAUUGUCCUUCCUCAUCCUUUGUCUAUUCUUCUUCAGGUCUCUUGUAUCUUUAUCGUGUCAGUUUAAACUGUGCAGGAAAAGGGCUUUGAAAAGGCAUGAAAACAUUUCCAUCCACUCAUUAGUCAUGUAUCGUCAUCAUUUUGCAUUUCAGUCUUAUGUUGCCACGUCUGUCUCUUGAUAUCAUUUUUGGUUCACAACUGCAGUUAAGUUAAUUGUGUCUACAUCGUUAAAAGCUAAGAGCUAAAUGAACAUUAUUCUGUUGAAUUUGUGAACAGAUUCAAUGGCUCCGGUGAAAUUCAGUGAAAAAUGUGUCACUUUAUCAGCCACCUUGCACCUCCUGCAGGACAUGUUUGGAACACUCAUUGUACAUACCAUGAUAUAAAUACUUUUUAAAUGUAAUGAACUUUCGCUGUCGUCGUGUUUACGCCAUGGUCUUGUAGAUUUUUUUUUCAGCGAUUAUUUUCUGGUGCAGUAGAUAUUUUAAAUUGUGUUCUUGAAUGUUCAAGUGAUGCGUUUUUUAUUUGAGAGACAGACAUGAGCCUGUGAAGAGAUGCUGAUUCACCUUAUUGCCAUCAUUUCUAUUGUUCUGCUUAUUUUAUUAUUAUUAUUAUUAUUAUUAUUAAGCAUGUUUUAAAUGGACCUAUGAUAUGAUUAAAUGACAUUCAUGUGAUUGGAAAAA